UUCGUAACCCUUAAACUUACGCUUCUUUCACAGACUAAUUCACUGUUCUCAAACUCCAGCAAAACAACCGAACCAUCCUUAAAAUAACACUUCCACUUCUACAAAAAAAAUGGAUUUGAUAACCUGGAAUUUUAAGCUUCCUCCAAUUUCUCCAACUAAUUUGAACCGCCCAAUAUUUAACAGCAACAAGGAGAAGCUAUUCUUUGGAUUUUGCAACUACCCUUUGCAAUUCAAUUAUGUUAGGAACAAACCCUUUUCAAUUUUAGUAACACAUGCAAAAAAGAAGAAGAAUUCACAGCUUGAAUCACCAAUUCUUCAACCAAACGUCAAUAGAGAAGUUACUCAGGUUGAUGAUGAACAAUUAGAAGAAUUAGAAGAAGAAGACCUCUUAAUAACUGACGGUUUUGACCAAGAGGAAUUCCUAGAUGAUGAUGAUGACGAUGAUGGAGGUUACUUUGAAGAUGAGUAUGAUACUGAGAAUGCUGAAGUUUAUGCUGGAGAUGGUGCCGAAGGCGGUGGGAUAUCACUUGCUGGUACAUGGUGGGAUAAAGAAGCAUUAACAAUUGUUGAAAAUGUAACUGAAUCCUUUGAUGGUGACUUGGGAAUAUAUGCCUUCAGAACUCUAGCAAAUGCAAUGAUUCAAGUUCGGAUAGAGAAGCUUUCGACCAAGUAUGGUUCUCCGACCAUGUCUGAUAUUGAAGCAUUCUCAAAAGCCUACAGGACACGGCUAGAUGAAGCAGAACUAUCAAAAACUAUACCCGAGAAUAUAUCAAUAGAGGUGUCUUCCCCUGGUCUUGAGAGAAUCAUUCGUAUUCCACAAGAACUUGACAGGUUCAAAGAGAAGCCUAUGUAUGUUAAAUAUGUCACCGAGGCUGCUGAGUCAUCUUGCGAAAAUGAUGGUGUUUUCAGGCUUAUUUCCUUUGAUUUAGAAACAGAAUGCUGUACUUGGGGGUUAGCUGAUGUGAGGAUUAAUAGAGAAAAGGCAGGAAAAGGGAGACCAAUGAGUAAAAAACAAGGUGAAUGGCGGUUGACGACUCCUUUUGAUUCCAUUCGUUUAGCUCGCGUGUACUCUGAAUUUUGAUAUGGUUAUAUUACAGACGCACGUACAUUCAGUUUUGUUGAUGUAGAAGUUCUGGAGUUAUUUGGGAUCCCCCCAACUUUUAGAAUGUUCAUUGAAUAGAGUAUCAAAUAAAUACUUUGAUAUAGCAAAUCCAUGUAAUAGAACCGUACCGCAUUUGCAAGUUGCAGUUGUAAAUCAUAAAAUGUAAGUUAAGUUUGGGGGUUUAUAAACUUCGAUAUGUACCUUUUAAUAGAUCUUGUAUACAUUUUUUGAUGCAUAUGUAAUUGUAAUAUAUACUCCUAUGUUGUCAAAAAUGUAUUUACCACCACAAAUCAAGGAGUAUUAUUGAGUUCCACUA